GAACUUGAAACCUGGAGAGUCCCCUUCAACUCAGUGUUGUAAGCGUUGUAAGCUGUAUUAGCUCUCCCAUAAUGACGGCAGCCAAGACCAAGGUGAGCAAGGUGAAGGUGCUUGUAAUUCACGGUGAGCCGUGACAACCCUAUCCCCGUACAACACCCAAAAUUUCUCCCUCUUCUGGCUGUCGCAUAUUCAAGUCCAGGAUACACUCAUUUGAGCUUAUUGGGAAGAGAGCUAUAUGCCGGCGAUUUGAGGCUCUUGCAGUUCUACAAUCUUUUAUUCUCACCACGUUCGUUGGGAACCCCAUCAUCGCACCUUCUCUGAGCUUUCAUAUUUCACUACCCCUCCUUCUUUGAUAAAUUUAUCAAGACCCUGCCAAGCAUGGAGGGGCAGACCUCAGACGGCAGCAUCGAUGCACUCAUUUCUGGACUCGGCCCGGAAAUCUUUGAAAAUGCAAACACCAUCUCAAAAUGGCUGUUGAGUCGGCCUGAAGAAACCAGACCCCAGCUGGCCGAGGCCCUUUUCCAGAAACUCUUCCAGGAUGCCUCACGGGCUCGCCAAUAUCAUGGAAAUGGUCACGCCUGCGUCAGGCUGUGCAGCUUUGUUCAGCAAUGCUUCAAGUCUAGCGACCAGACCUUGAAGAAGUGGUCCACCACAGAGGCUCUCACUUUGGAGCUCUUCCUCUUCUACUUGGAGUGGUACGAACACGAUCCUCACAGGGCCCUGCGCCUGAUUCUGGAUGUGCUUGUAGCGGCUUGCACCGACAACCCUUGCCCCGAGACAGGACGGGCCAUCAAGGGACGCGUGCUGGAAACGCUCGUCCAAAUCAUCACUCGAAAAUAUCCCAAGCAAUUGACAAAAUCAGGACUUCAAUGUCUUGAGCAUCUCCUCAGCAAGCGCGUGGUCUCAUUAGACGACAUAGCUUUGACCUACAAACAGGUAGAGCCAGCAGUGGCUUCUCUGCCGAGUCUUGAGCUCUGGAAAUCAUUCGUCUUCCAUCUUUUUUCCUGGAUGGAACUUACCUAUGUUUGCCCUCUGGCCGGAAAAUGCAUCGUUCAUGUUUUCCGCGGUCUAGACAGCGCUGCGGCACUGGACCCCACCACAGGGUUCGACGUUGAGUUAUGGCGGCAAUGGUUACAAGAUGCCCUUGUUCAGAAUCCAGAGAUUUUGGAAGACAUCAAAAACUAUGUGCUGGUGGCCAUCUUCAAGGCCGAUAAAGCUGCGGCUUUGAGACUGUUACAUGUCUUCAACAAGCAGCAGCUCUCUAACAACCAGCAAGGAUCCGAUCAGGGUAUUUUACUUCAGCUGGCUACUUUGGAGCUGGGCAAGAAGACUGGUCUGGUGGACGAGCCCGCCAGCCAGCCUGAGGAGUCAAAAUACCUUGCAUUGGACUCAAAAGUUUUGGGGACACUGCUUGGCCAUCCCACCAUUUCGGUGAGAUGUAGCGCUCUGUCCCUGGUGGUCUCAUCCCAGGCCACCACCAAGCCUCUUUCAGAGGAUGCCUUCAGCCUGUUAAGGACAUACCUGGCCGCCUUUCACGCGGAUUACGAUGCCAAAGUCCGUAACGAGGUCCUUGGACUCACCAAGAAUCUGCUGAAGCGUGUAAAGAGCAUCAUCACCGUUGCUCGACGAAGUUUGGCCGAUUUUGCAAACCGGGAAUCCCAACUCGCCGCUGGCGGUAAUGCCGAGCCACCUCUGAAGAAGAAGAAGGCGGGUCCUGAAGCUGCUCUGAGGGAUGCUUCCGAAGCGAAAUUCGUUCUUACAUCGCACCAAAACUUCCUAGAGUGGUAUGUAGGCUUUCUCAGAGACGAGCUGAUACCUACGGCGUCCUACCAGCGCCAUAUUACUGCUGUGAAAGCUGCUCUUUUGGCCGUCAGAGUUGGAAAGCACGCCGCUGCUACAGACGAUACUGUUGAUGAGGAUGUGAUCCGAUUGAUUGCUAAUGAUCCUACCUGGACUCGUCUUCUUUUCGAUCUUCUGUUGGAUCCCUUCGACGACGUCCGAGAGGCUGCUUCGACACUCUUGAGUUUGAUACCACAAGAACUGAUAGCUAGACCUGUGGCCCAAUCACGGAGAUCAGAAACGCUCCUCGACAUGCUUCAAAGCUUCUGUGGACGGGCUAAUGCGUUGGCUGACAGAACUGGGCGAGCUGACCAUGGUGAUGGAGCCGCUCGGGCUCAGGGUCUUUCAUGCAGCUGGCUGAAUGCCCAACAGCUGCAGAUUCAGUACCUGGCAGAAAUUAUCAGUGGUAUUGAAGCCAAGAUUUCCAAAGCGGAACAAGAUUUAGGACAUGCGGCAAUCGAGAGCCCUGUUCAUGCCGAUUUUGCAGCAAUUAGGCAAGUCAACGAACAUGACGAAGCCAGGGCGUUCUAUGUCUGGCAGGUGCUCGCCAAGCAAACUUACGCUGAAACCGAGUUAGAAGCCCUCCGCCAACUUCAAGAGCGGAUAUUUGGUGGAGCGCAACGGAUAUGGCUGGCAGUCAAACAUGUUCUUUGUGAUGACUCCCCGGAAGGCCAUUUGCCCGAAGAAAUGGAAGACAUUGAAGGCCUGGACACCAAGGACCUUCUUAGUUACAGCUUCCGCGCGGUCCACGAGUCUAGUAACCUCUUGCGCCUCAUCAUGGGGACCUUACGGUUGAAGGCAGUGGCCGGUGUGCCUUUUCCUCCUCUAGAGGUGUUCAAAAAGACAGGUUACCUGACUUUUGAACAACUGGCUCAGCUGAGACAUCGUGGUGCCUUCUCUACAGUCUCGUAUACUUUUACGAACUGUUGCCAACUUACCCAAAAUCUGAAGACUGUGUACCCUAACGCUGAUGAAGAGGCUGAUCUUCUUCGUGACUGGUACAAGGGGGCAGUAGAGUGCAUCAUGACCCAAGCAUCGACGACUCGCCGGUCGGCAGGCAUUCCAUCUCUUAUUGCCGCUGUUCUGUCGGCGAAUGCCUCUUCUCCGUCUUUCGACGAGGUCUACGGCAACCUCGAGCAAAUUGGAAAGAAACCCGUAACGCAAGCUGAGACUGAUGGCUCCAACCUUCCGCAAGUUCACGCCCUCAACUGCCUGAGAGAAAUCUUCAGGAGUUCGCUUCUCAGUAAGCGCGCCGAGGGUUACUUGGCCAGAACGCUGCAUCUUGCUUCAACCAGUCUGAAGUCUGAAGUCUGGGCAAUCCGCAACUGUGGCCUUCUCCUUCUGAGAGCGCUCAUAGAUUGUCUGCUCGGCACCGGCGAGAGCAAGGCCAUCAUUGAAUCUGGUUGGGACGGCAACUCUGUUCGUAUCUCGUACAACAAGUAUCCGGAACUACCAGAUAUCAUUCUCGGCCUUCUUGAAGCAGACGAUGUCGACGCGGGGCUGGCCAACUCUGCCGCUGCGGAAGCGGUAUUCCCCGCUCUUGACAUCAUUCGUCGUGCUGGCCCUCCAGAGGAGCACAGAGGCGAGCUGCGGAAGCGCAUUGAAAACUAUCUUGGCAGCAAGGUUUGGCACGUUCGUGAAAUUGCUGCCAGAACCCUCUGCUCCUUCUUGUUGAGAGAGGAUUGGGUGUCUGAGAUUGGCAAGCUUCUUGAGCAAGCCGGCACUUCGUCCAAUCGGCUCCAUGGCGCUCUUCUCACAGCGAGAUUUGUUAUUGAACGCAAGUCAGACUUGGGCAGUGACCUAAAGACAGAAAAUGCUUGGGCAGAGUCUCUUGUGGAGAUUCUUGCUACCAAAAGCGAGGUCUUUGGACGCUGCCCAGAGGUGGAAGCGGGUUAUCUUGAGAUUCUCAACCUGCUCAUCAAGCUUCAAUGUCUGACCGAAGACAAGCUGGCUUCCACUCUCCAGAUCUCAACCAAGACCGGGAGCCCAGCUUCGGCGCUGUUGGAGAUGGAGAUUGCUCUCGGACUAGUCCACGAAACAGCUUCGUCCGGUGACGUUGCCGGUCUCCGCAACUACCUUGUCGAGCUGCUAGCUAGAGAUGUCAACGUCGCCAGCCGAAUGCUCGAAGCCAUUCCAGCUGCCUUCUCCCAGGCGCAGGAUGACAACUCCAGGGUCCGGUCAGAGAUUUGCCAGUUGUGUGUUGAGGUCUGCAGCACUUCACCUGCCCCUGAGGUCCGCGCGGUGUCACUCGCCAACCUCGGGGCGCUGAUGUCGGCCAUGCUCUCCAACGGGCAUACUUCCGAAUUGCCCUCCCUGUCCCAGCUCGACACCCUCUGGUCAGACCUCACAAAGUGGUCCAUCAACCCAGAGCUAUCUUGGGCCAUCACCGAAACAAGCGGCACAAUAAUGGCCAUUCUCGUCUCUUGCCACAGAGACAACCUCCCAGACUUGGACCAAAGACUCCGUAACUGGGGUGCUCUGAUUUCAGAUUCUCUGCACGUCGACAAUUCAUUCGACACCCGCCACACCGCCGCUUUCUCUCUGCACACCUUUUUUUCCCUCAUCCCCGCCCCCCUUUUCCGAACCGCGUACCUGCCGGCCUUUUCAGCCCUCUACACAGCCCUAACAGACGACGACGACGAAAUCCGCGAGGUUGCCGCGCUCGCGGUGUCCAGUCUCACGGCCCAACCGGCAACAGCAAACAUCUCGUCCAAAACCCUUGUUACCUCCCUCCUCCCUUCUCACCUCCCCACUCCAGAGUUUUUUUCCCUUGCCAUCUCCCAUUUAACCUCUGGUAACCUCCCAGCGGAAACAAAACUCGGCAAGGCGCUCGACUUUGACGACGCGUUAUUCGCAGCAGAGGAGCAGAAUUUGUUUGUUGACGAGGUUAGAGAGGCGAGGGAGUGGAGGAGGGGGUUGGUGGGUGCUAUUGAGGCUAACAAAAAUGGGGAGAGGGUUUUGAAAGAGUGGAAGGAGUGGACUGUGCAGGGGCUGAAGGCGGUGGUGAAGGUGAUGAAGGAAAAAAGAGAGGAUGGACCGUUGGGGUGGACGAGCGAUCAAAAGGUUUUUGCUGUUGUGGCUCGGGUUUUGAUCUCUGCGAGGGGGGUGCUGGCUGUUGAUGAGGGGGAGGAGGUGGAGGUGUUGUUGGGUGAGGUGGUCGAGAUGGGGAGGGGGGGGUUGUUGCAUGGGGGUUUGGUGGGGUUGGCCUUGGAGGAGGUUUGA